CAGAUCCGGCGCCUUCCACUUCCAAACGCUCAUAAACCCACCUGCACACCGCAUAAUCGACUGGUUCUCCUCGAUCGAUUUUACAUUCGUGUUGUCAAUGCAAUAUCGCCUUUGCACGACUUGAACGUCCCAAAUUAUGUCCUAAGAGUCGAUCAAGCACUUGGUACUGCUCGACAUCGACAGUGUUGCGGUCAUCAUGGCUGAAGCCAUGGACGCUCACUCGAGCUUCGUCUACCUCCUCGACAACCUCCCCAUCUGGAAGACCACUAUCACCUCAUUGUCCACUUAUGCUGCACAAAAGAACUUCGAAUUCGUCAACGAAUUUGCUCAACUAGUUAAUCAGAUCAGACCGAAACGGAAAUUGAGUCCCUCGGUUGCCUCGAUUCACACAAAUGACGAAGCUGCCGAACAACAUACCGACGAUGUUCCCUCUAUCCCUAAUCGUGCAGAAAUCAAUCCUCUCGAGGCCGGGAACAAGUACUUAUACGCACAGGCAACUAAGAAAAGAAAACCUGGUACCUCUAUACGUUCUGGCGCUUCAGGGCCGCAGAAAUUCAGGAACAAAAAUCAAGUCAUUGUCUACUAUGACUCCUCUCUACAGGACCAGCUCGACUCCAUGGUCAAAUCUCUAGGAGUUGGCCGGAACAAUCUGCGUAAGGGGAAGAAUGCAUUGGUUGCGGCCAGAGGUUUUCGAUUACCUACCCUGGGUAUUCGAGCCCGAGAAUACCCCUCGCUGGACAGCCUCAGAUCCACUAUGAUAUCUCGAAAAACAUCCUCGCUCGCACCAAUAUCAGGAAAGAAAGUUGCUGAUAGGCCGCAAACACCCGUGGCGGAUGACGAAUCUUCAUUCCUGUUGGUCGACAGAGAACUUGAGUCGAUACAGUCACUUUGUGAAACAGCGGCGCACCAGUUUUUACGAGACGGAGACUGCAGCACUGAACUCAACAGUAUACUGCAAAAGAUCGAUGCCGUCCUGGCACAAGCCACCAAGACGGCUGAAUCCCUGAAGAAAUUCACAGAGCAACAGAACGAGGCAGCCCAAGAAGAUACGGAUUCCGAUGGCUGCACACUGGUUUCUGGUGGUACCACACAGUCUGAUACCACCUUGUCGGUUCAAUCAUUCUUGGACCGAGGACCUUACAUCAGGUCUGGACUCAGCAAAGACUGUGGUCCCACUCUGACAACUCGCACUUUGGAGGAUAUGAAAGCUCAAGAGCUUUCCUUCGGUGUCCCUGAACUUUCGGACAACAACGCUCCUGGCUUGUCGACUGACAACAUCGAAGUUGAUGAUGCUAGCGAUCAAAGCUCCAUCGUCGUCGACAUUACUCAGUAUCGUUUGGCAAAUCCGAGAAGGACCCGAGUCUGAUUAUUACCUUGGGGGAAAAGUUUGGUAUUUCGAAUUUCCUUGAUCAUUUCACAAAUUUGUCUUUGCUUGUUAGCGUGUGGUAUGUCAUUGUGAGCGGCUUUGCGGCAUUUUCGUGGAGUUUUCCAUUUCCUUUGCAGGUUCAAGGGAUAUUAACAUGGGAAGGGGAGGGCAUAUGUGAGCGACAUUUGGGACCGUGGGCAAGUGAUGUUGGCUGGUCACAAUACGACUGUCAUUAUCGAAGAAUAUAUUUGCCUGCACUUGAGAAUAUGUGAAGGACGAGUUGGUAUCAAGGUCGGCAUUUAUGGGAGGGCUCUGAGAUGUAUGAUCCUCAGGUUCUACGGCCGUUCAUCAUAGGUUCGAUCUAUAUUGAGCCUGUAUAAUGAUAUCUAUGUCGAAGAACAAUUCUGGGCGUACCAUGAA